UUCAUGUUAUUUGGGAACAGAAUAGAAUAAUCGUGGCAGUGGAGGGGAAGAGGGAAUCUAUUCUUCCUUUGCUUUGAGGAGCCGAAAGCAUAAAAGAGAGUGCCGAACAAAGGUUAUCAGCCUCAUCCUCAGCCUCUGGUCACUCAUUCCCAAGCUACCUCCCUUACCACCUCAUCACCUCUUAUCGUGGUUUUCUUCGACGACUUCAAUCCAGAGGAGGAAGAAGAAGAAGACGACUAAUCUGGGGUUUCUACUAGUCCCAAAUUAGUAGCAGUGGAUAGAACCUGAUAAUCCUCUUCAAUUUCAAUUUUUCUCAGUGGGCCUUAAUUUUGUUUAGCUUAGGCGAAACUGAACAGGCAGCUCUACAACUUAGUUGCAAGUCCUAUUGUGAAAGUUUAAAUUGGUUUAGCAAUUUCCUGAGCUACACAUGCAUGCAUUUUUACUGGACUUUUAAUUAAGUGAAAGGAAGUGAACAAUCAUGCAUAAGGAUCAAAGUACUAGUGCCCCGUCGGCACCUUCUCGACUUCGUAAUCGCAGGCGCUCCAGUGAGGUUGUUCCAGAGGUUAGUAAAGAAAAUGGAGGCCGUUUGCUGGUUAAUGAUCGAAACAAAUACAAGUCAAUGUGGGUCCGUGCGCACUCAACUAUUUGGAUGAUUGGGGGCUUUGCUUUGAUUGUCUACAUGGGUCAUCUCUCUAUCACAGCUAUGGUGGUUGUCAUUCAAAUAUUUAUGGCAAAAGAGCUAUUCAAUCUACUUAGGAAAGCACAUGAAGAUAGGCAUCUCCCUGGAUUUAGACUUUUAAAUUGGCACUUCUUCUUCACUGCAAUGCUAUUUGUGUAUGGCCGCAUUCUCAGUCAACGGCUAGUCAAUACCGUAACAUCAGACAAAUUCUUGUAUCAGCUUGUUAACAGCCUCAUCAAGUAUCAUAUGGUUAUUUGUUAUUUCUUGUAUAUUGCAGGUUUUAUGUGGUUCAUUCUUACACUAAAGAAGAAGAUGUACAAGUAUCAAUUUGGCCAGUAUGCAUGGACACACAUGAUUCUAAUCGUGGUGUUUACUCAAUCCUCUUUCACUGUGGCAAAUAUUUUUGAGGGAAUUUUCUGGUUUCUACUUCCAGCCACACUAAUUGUCAUCAAUGACAUUUUCGCUUAUAUCUUUGGUUUCUUCUUUGGAAGAACCCCUUUGAUCAAGUUAUCACCAAAGAAAACUUGGGAGGGAUUCAUUGGAGCAUCUAUCACAACGAUGAUCUCUGCAUUUGUGCUUGCAAAUAUAAUGGGGCGCUUUCAGUGGCUAACAUGUCCAAGAAAGGAUUUGUUGAGUGGUUGGCUUCAAUGUGAUCCUGGCCCUUUAUUUAAGCCAGAGUAUUUUACUUUGCCAGCAUGGGUUCCUAAAUGGUUUCCUUGGAAAGAAAUCUCCAUUCUGCCUGUUCAAUGGCAUGCUUUAUUGCUUGGUUUGUUUGCCUCAAUUAUUGCACCUUUUGGAGGCUUUUUUGCAAGUGGUUUCAAGAGAGCUUUUAAAAUUAAGGAUUUUGGUGACAGUAUUCCUGGCCAUGGGGGAAUUACAGAUAGAAUGGAUUGCCAGAUGGUGAUGGCUGUGUUUGCAUACAUCUAUCAUCAAUCAUUCGUUGUGCCUCAAAGCAUCUCAGUUGAAAUCAUCUUAGAUCAGAUUUUGACGAACCUUACUUUUGAGGAGCAGCAUGCUUUGUACACCAAACUUGGGGAAAUCAUUCAGGAAAGGUUGGUUGGACAAUCUUAGAUUUGUGAAGGCCACAUCUUUGACGUUCUUAGUAUUUGAAGCAUAUUAGUACAUCUUAGCCUAGCAGUGAAAGAAGAAUUGUUUGUAUAUAUUGCCUUUCCUAUUUCAGAUUCAUGUUCUCUAGGUGGAGGCAUUCUUUAGCGAGCACAAUAUGUAUAGCAUUAAAUAUGCAUAAAACUGUCAAUGGCAUGUAUUGCUAAUUGCUGAAAUUUGUAAUCCAAAAUUGUCAUUUCAAGGGA